AUGACCUCGUUGUGGGAAACGCUGACCGUCGCGGUAAUGGACGCCGCGCUAUCGCUCCACAACGACGCCUUCCGGCAACUGCUGCCACGGUACCGCGGAUAUGAAUGCCACACGGUACGCGGGACUUUGCAAUGCAGGGCCCGACCACCGCAUGCUCGCCUGAUGCUCGUACGUUUGUGGAGCAUCAUCCUAUUGUGUUUUUCAUGUCGCGGUACGGCACAGCGUCGCCGCUUCACGGACAUCGACUUGCCUGACUCAUUUGUGAGGGCAAGGUGCGACUUGCGGCAACUCAUUUUUUUGAGACGACUGCUCAUUGGAGUUGCCCAAGACCUUCCAGAUCGACCGCAUUCCACCUGGCAACGAGAAUCUCUGCGUACAUCACAUUUUCAACUCUCCAAGACCCCAGUGCGAUGUUGCGUCGGCGUGAAGCAAGGGCCCCCAUUGUCAACGCUUAUAAUCAACACAGUCAAGCUCACAUCGUCUUCCGCUGCCGCGAGCCUGGGCGAGGACUUCCAACAGGACAACACGUAUCGGCGCGACGAGCAUCACAGGCGUCGCCACCGCCGUACAUCGCCGUCAUGGAUUUCCGGCCGUGAGGCCGUUACACGUCGUAUCAAGGUCGGCCAUCGUUCUUGGAUUCUAUGGGUGAAGGCGCGUUGCAAAUGGAUAGACGAGUUGGUGACAGAGGGGGAUUUCGGUAUGAAAUUGUUGUACCUUGGUAAGCGAGCCUGGGCGAGGACUUCCAACAGGACAACACGUAUCGGCGCGACGAGCAUCACAGGCGUCGCCACCGCCGUACAUCGCCGUCAUGGCGGCCUUUUUCCUUUCCUCUCAUCGCUACAGCAAAUUGCUGUUCUUGCGGUGCACUUUCCUCCCCUGCCGCCGCUGCGGCUUUUCACCUCUGGCAUUGCUGCCACCGCGGCCUUUUUCCUUUCCUCUCAUCGCUACAGCAAAUUGCUGUUCUUGCGGUGCAUUUCCCUCCCCUGCCGCCGCUACGGCUUUUCACCUCUGGCAUUGCUGCCACCUUUCUGCUUUCAAACCUACCAUGCACAAAAGAAGGAUGAAAAGGGAGACAUCCUUGCUCAAACCACGACAUUCGUUGCAAACGGAAGGACUAGUUCAAAGCAGGAAAAUAAGGGAGUCCAAAGAUAUGGAGGAUCGGGUCGAGAAAUAUGGUUGUCAUGGUGGAAGUUGUCCGUUGGAGAUAUGUUUGGUUGGAAGAGGGGCCGGCCGUACUUUUAUAACGCCCGUCUCAGGUGGGUGGAUGGGUGGGUGGGCGACGUGGGUGUGGGUGUGGUGCGGCUGGGGCAUCAACCUGUGCGCCCCAGUGGCACCGAGCGGGCGUUGCUGAUGAUGGGCCCGGCUGAGGUGCACUGCUGGGUGCAAUUCCUCCGCACCCAGCUGCACCCAGCCGGGCGCCGCCGCUGCUGGCCAGGUCUCCUCUCCGCAGACUUUGUGUUUGAAGCUCUGAAGGACUGCGCGGCCUCAGCUCUAACGAGGCUGCGACACUUUGUGUUUGAAGCUCUGAAGGACUGCGCGGCCUCAGCUCUAACGAGGCUGCGACACUUUGUGUUUGAAGCUCUGAAGGACUGCGCGGCCUCAGCUCUAACGAGGCUGCGACGUACCUCUGAAGGACUGCGCGGCCUCAGCUCUAAUGAGGCUGCGACGUACGUGAGGCGCCUUAGCACGGUAUCGUGCACGGGUCUCCUCUCCGCAGACUUUGCGUUUGAAGCUCUGAAGGACUGCGCGGCCUCAGCUCUAAUGAGGCUGCGACGUACCUCUGAAGGACUGCGCGGCCUCAGCUCUAACGAGGCUGCGACGUACGUGAGGCGCCUUAGCACGGUAUCGUGCACGGGUCUCCUCUCCGCAGACUUUGUGUUUGAAGCUCUGAAGGACUGCGUGGCCUCAGCUCUAACGAGGCUGCGACGUACCUCUGAAGGACUGCGCGGCCUCAGCUCUAACGAGGCUGCGACGUACGUGAGGCGCCUUAGCACGGUAUCGUGCACGGGUCUCCUCUCCGCAGACUUUGUGUUUGAAGCUCUGAAGGACUGCGCGGCCUCAGCUCUAACGAGGCUGCGACGUACCUCUGAAGGACUGCGCGGCCUCAGCUCUAACGAGGCUGCGACGUACGUGAGGCGCCUUAGCACGGUAUCGUGCACGGGUCUCCUCUCCGCAGACUUUGUGUUUGAAGCUCUGAAGGACUGCGCGGCCUCAGCUCUAACGAGGCUGCGACCACUUAGCGAAACGAGUUCUUCCGGGUCCGCACAGGAUCCAGCAACAGGCCCAUGUAAGGGCCCUUGGCAGCUGGUCUCCCCGCUUCCCGUCUCCCCCCAUUCCAAGCACGGUCAGCAAGGACGUCAGAAUCGGCAGAGCCACGAGAAUACGGUUAAGGGAGACAGGAGCACAGAAUGA